AUGACCUCUCUUGUCCCCCCGACACCGGCACGACCGGUGCCGGGAGUAUGGCCUCAGACGCCAGCUGCGCGACCGAGUAUUCCUGCACCUUCAUUUCAGUCACCAGGAACGGCCUUUUCCCAUCCUUCUCUCCUACCGAAUCCCUCUUCGUCGUCGAGCCUCACCACCACGAGACCGGUAGAACCUCCGGCGCAAACCUCGAUCCGGCAGCCAGAAUCGUUGGAACCGUUAGAAAGAGCCGCGCGCGCCGUUAAUGAGGCCCUGACGAAUGAGUCAAGGUUCCCCGAGGUGGAUGGCUAUUUGUCCCAGGGCUAUUCCGCCGACUACGACAUACAAUCUUCAACGACAUGGGCGCCCUUUCAAAAAGCCAGUGUUUACAAAAUCCCCGACGAAAUCUUCGAACAGUACAAUAACGCGCAAUUGUCCACUAGCAUGGGACUGUUUGCGGAAUUGAGGCAUGCGUGGACCACCAUUGACAAUGCCUUGUACAUGUGGGAUUACACUUCUUCCAAACCCGAGCUGCUUGGGUUUGAGGGACAACCGCACAGCAUUCUUGCUGUGAAAUUGGCAGUGCCUCGUGCAGGCGUCUUCCUAUCCCACAUUAAGCACGUCAUUAUUCUGGCCACGACUUCGGAUAUCUUCAUGUUGGGAUUGGGACCGGACCCGAGUCCGGGCGCGUCAGACACGUUAUCGCUCUUCCAGACCGGCAUGUCAGUUUCGGUCAAGGGUCUCGAUAUCAGCGUUAUAGCAUGCUCAUCGAAGACGGGAAGGAUCUUUUUUGGUGGUCGAACCGAGAAUGAAAUUUACGAACUCACCUAUCAGCAAGAAGAUCGAUGGUUUUCGAGUCGCUGUUCAAAGAUUUGUCACACGAGCGGUGCCGCCAAAUCUUUGACAUGGACAUUCGGCAGCUUCGCUGGCGGCCCGAAGGAGUAUGUGGAGCAGAUCGUGGUGGAUGACAGCCGAGACCUGCUGUACACUCUUUCUUCUGCUUCCAAUAUUCGAGUCUUUCACGUCAAGCCCGACGGGGGACUUCCCCUUCUUAUCACGAAACCGGCCAACGAAAUAUAUGCCAACAUUGGUCACAUCAUCACACAGAACGAAUCCCUCAACGUUCGGGUCCAGAUUGUGUCCAUAUCACCCAUUCCCGCGGCAGAAGCGUCCCGAUAUCAUCUCAUGGCCACGACAGCAACCGGUUAUCGGAUCUACCUCAGCGCCACGAGUUCGGGCUAUUGGCCAACCUCCAAGUCGGGGGCGCCCAUCAGUAUGCAGGCACAGCACGUCAAAAUACCACCCAUGACCUCGAGUCCCGGAAUGUCGUCCAUCCUGGGGGUGCCAGAACCAUCAAAUAGCAUCCAUCAACCUAUCAAGACCCUGACAACGACCAGACUUGCCGCCAGAUAUUCACCGGGAUAUUUCUUUUGCUUCACCGCAAGAGAUGCCAAUGCGACAACGGACCAAUUAUUUAUUUCAGCUCCGGACGCUGCGCGCCUGUCGAGACCGGCCGAAGCUGGUCAACUAAAUCGCACCGCCGAAUCUGCAAUCUGGCUGUCCUUAGGUAGUCGAGCCGAAGAUAUAGGCCUCGUGAUUCCAUAUUCUGCGCCCACGUCCACUGCGAUUGGAUAUGGGAAUGAUUUGGCCGUCCAGUUCGACAAGCCCAUUCCAGAAGUGGCCAUUUUGACCAAUACUGGCAUCCAUAUUAUACGGAGGCGACGCUUGGUCGAUAUCUUGGCCGCUCUCAGCAGGCAAGGGGGAGGUUCAGAAGGCUUCCAAAAUGAGGUGAACAACUUGAUUCGGGCCUAUGGAAGGACUGAAACCCUGGCAACGGCCCUUGCCGUGGCUUGUGGUCAAGGAGUUGAAGUGACCAAGGAUGCACAUUCCGUGCGGGUCAACGACCCUGACGUCCUUGAACUCGCCCGAAAGACAUUUAUCGAAUAUGGUGGCAAACCUAGUAUCAACCAAAAUUCGAUCACCGAUAAGUCUGUCCCAUUGAUUGAUGCGGUUCGUCCGUCGCCUCGGCACGCCGCCAUUGCCCUUUAUCUUUCUCGGCUGCUCAGGUCAACCUGGAAGAGUGUAAUAGCAGUUGAAUCGACAUCCGCUGCCGGAUAUCAGAUCCAUCCGGCCGUUCCCCUGAAGAAGCUGAGGGAUGUGCAAGAAUCCCUGUCUGCACUUCAACGGUUUUUCAAGACCAAUAAGAGCUUUAUCAAGGGGCUGAGUGGACCGGACGAUUUGUCGAGCACCAGUACCAAAGACGAUGAAAUUGCCCUGAAGGGAGAGCAUCGCGCGCUUCAUUCGCUGGUCAAAUUUACCUCAGACACCAUCGAAGGCCUCUCAUUCAUUCUCGUACUUUUCGAGGAAAAGGUGGCUGAAAUCCUCCCACUUCUUCCCGAGGCUUCGCGACCACAGAUGCUGAAACUGACAUUCGAAGAACUCUUCACGACGAAGAAGGGCUACGAACUGGCCAAGGAACUUGUCAAGGCGAUUGUUAAUCGCAAUAUUGCCAAAGGUUCCAACGUCGAGACCGUCGCCGAAGCGCUCAGAAGAAAGUGUGGAAGUUUCUGCAGUGCAGAUGACGUUGUGAUUUUUAAGGCACAAGAACAACUGAAACGGGCCGCCGAAGCGGGAGGCAACGUUGAAUUCUCCCGGAACCUGUUGAACGAAAGCCUGAAGCUUUUUGAACAAGUGGCCCACAGUCUUCCCAGUGACUACUUAGAAUCAGCCGUCAAGCAAUAUACCCAGCUCCAAUUCUUUGCGGGAGCCAUUCAGUUGGUGCUCCGGGUGGCCCAUGAGAAGGACAGAGCCAACGAAGCGCUUUCUUGGAUGGCUGAAGGUCGACCCGAAUCGGAUGUACGACAGACGAAAUUCGACCUCAGAAGUCGAUGUUAUGAUCUCAUCCACGAAGUGAUCAUCGCCGUGGAUAAAAGCACCGAGCAAGGCCCCAGCUUUGUGGACGGACGACCAACCGUUGCGGCUACCAGGAGAAAUGAAGCGUAUGAUGUGAUCAGCCGGUCCACAGAUGAAGCGUUCUUGACGAAUCUGUACGACUGGUAUCUUCAGCAAGGAUGGGACGACAGACUUCUGGCAACCGAUUCGUCAUUUAUUGUCACCUACUUACAACGCAAAUCGUCCGAGAACAUCCAUUAUGCAGAUUUGCUUUGGAGAUAUUAUGGACAGACCAAUCAAUUUGCGGAAGCAGCCAAGAUUCAAUGGCAGCUGGCCCGAAGCUCUUUUCCUCUCUCGCUGGAGAAAAGAAUUGAGUACUUGAGUCGGGCCAGGGCAAAUGCGUCGACCUACACUCCCGGAGGCAAUCGAAAGUCAAAGCAACAAUUACUCAAAGAAAUCUCCGAUUUACUCGAUAUUGCCAUGAUUCAAGACGAGAUCCUUCAACGUCUGAGAGAUGAUCCUCGGCUGGGACCUGACCGACGGCAGGAAGUGCUGGGUCAAGUCAACGGUGCGAUCCUAGAUAUCAACACACUGUUCAACAACUAUGCAGACAAUGCCGGCUAUUACGACCUUUGUCUCCUAAUCUAUCAAGUCGCCGAUCAUCGAGAUUCGUCGCAAAUCAAGCAAACCUGGCAACAAUUAUUGCAAGCUGUGCACGACAAAACUGAAGAAGAGAAACAAAUCCAGCCUUUCGAAGCCAUCGCCGAAGAAGUUCGAAGUUUAGGCAGUAAACUGCGAGUAUCUGAAGCGACAUUCCCCGUUCAGACGCUGUUGCCGAUCUUGGAGAAAUAUUCCUUUGAGCAUCAACGCUCUGUCGCGCCUCCACAUUGGGUGGUGGAUAUCUUUCUUGACCUCGAAAUUGCUUACGAGCAGCUUUUUGAGGUCUUGGAAAUGAUGUUUUUCUCUGGCGAUUCUCCGUUCAUUGGUUCCAACCGAAAAUACAUUGUAUCAGAGUUGGUCUACGUCGUCGGCAAAUGGUUCCACGACUCCAUGAGAGCGGGAUCGGUGGUUUUCGGCAGUGAGGUUGGGGCACUCCGGGUUCAAGAAAUCAUGCAAACACUAUUACAGCAGGGACGAGCAGCGGGACUGGAUGAUGAGACCACCCAGGUUUGUCGGGCGGUGGUGGGAAAGAUAAGCCAGCUUCUGGGAUGA